GUCAUUUAUUGAAUCGUAUUGGCUGCUAACGAACGAUCGGUUUAAAGAGCUCUCGCAUAACACAUAAAUAUCGUCUGCUAAAAGUCCUAUCGCGCAGGCUCGUCCAGUCCAAAAUGGCGAAUCAGAAGCUUCAGAAUAUUCGUACCAAGUAGUUGAAAUGCCUAAGUCUGUACUUACUGAGCAGUCACUUUUUCUGAAUUUCACUUCUCGACUUGUAAAAUUGAAUAGAGCGAUGCAGACCAUUCACAGAAUACACUUAUCAGUACUUAGCUGAAGGUGAUACGCGGCCGGGUUUGAGGCUCAGGCUUAUGUACGAGGCCAACAAAGUUAAGCCCCAGUUUAUUGAGAGAAACCAUGACUUGAGCACCCUGCUCUUUCUCGCGCAGCACCAUUGAAAACGAAGCAACGAGCGCCAUCACAGGACAUUGAGUAGACGAAUUCUAGGAAGUAAACAUUACAACCCUUUACCGGUACUUUGCGUGUAGAGUUGUAAAUUGAUUUAUUCACACUGAACAACUAUUUUACAUCUUCUCGGCAUGUUAAUGGACGCCUAGAACUUCAUUGUGUGUGUGCAAAGAUUUUUAUCACAAUUUACCAUAAAAAUUUCAAGAUUAUUAUUAACAAUUAUAAUGCAAGUGCGGCAAAUUGAUUAAUUAUACCAAUUGUUGUUCAAAUAUGGAGAUUCAAUAUAAGAGCAUGGUGACUGUGAUGGAGACACAACAAGACUCUAUGGGGGUGGGUAGUCACAUUGACUCCGAUGAUGAUGAUGACUGCCCGUCCUCACCUGGAUCUCCCAGUUUCGACGAUGGGGCUCUCAUGGCAGCCGCCAUGGGACAUGAUGUUACUGCUCAGCUCGCUGCUGCAGGUUGGCAAAAUAUCCAUGGUACUGUGGGCAUGGCUGCUGCUGCUGCUAUUGUUUCUUCAAAAAAGAAGAAGAGACCUCAUUCAUUUGAAACCAAUCCCUCUAUACGGAAACGACAGCAAAACCGCUUGUUACGGAAAUUAAAACAAACUAUUGACGAGUUUGCAACAAGAGUUGGCCAACAAGCUGUUGUCCUUGUUGCAACUCCAGGGAAACCUAAUCCAAGUUUCAAAUGCUUUGGUGCCAAGCCUUUGGAAGAUGUGAUGAAAACUUUAAAAGCGUCAAUUUUGGAUGAAUUGGAGCAUGCUUUGCAGCGCCAAGCUCCACCUCCUUCAAGAGAUGAUCCAUCGUUAUAUGAACUUCCGCCCUUAGUUAUUGAUGGUAUUCCCACUCCUGUAGAAAAAAUGACUCAAGCUCAAUUAAGAGCAUUUAUACCUCUGAUGCUUAAAUAUUCGACUGGGCGGGGUAAGCCAGGGUGGGGCAGAGAAUCAACUAAACCAUUGUGGUGGCCCAAAGAAAUACCAUGGGCCAAUGUAAGAAUGGAUGCAAGAUCUGAAGAUGAAAAGCAGAAGUGUCGUAAUGAACAAGUCUCAUGGACCCAUGCACUUCGUCAAAUUGUUAUCAACUGCUACAAAUUCCAUGGUCGAGAAGAUCUCUUACCUGCAUUCCAAGAAGAUGAUGAGCACUCUCAUCUGAAUGGGAUGGCUGAUGAGACAUCAGAUUCAACACACAAUGAACAGUUGGUGCAGCAUGUAGCUUCUGUUGGUGUCCUCAAGUAUCAUCAAGCGGGUAAAGGAGUCAGUGCCCUAUCACCAGCAGGAGUAAGUCUGACCAAUGUUGUCAGCUCUGCAUCUGCAAGCACGGUGUCGGUUUCUUCGGUUUCAACUAACACUAACACAAUGACAAUGACCUCUGCUCCUGUGAGCGUCUCAUCUGCCUCACCCACUCUUGCUCAAGCAGCCCAGUAUGGAACUGCAACUGUCUUGCAAACAAUCAACAAUCCAGAUGGUUCAGUUUCCCUGAUACAAGUAGACCCUAACAAUCCUAUCAUCACAUUGCCUGAUGGCACGACUGCUCAAGUUCAAGGAGUUGCAUCGGCAUUGACUGAUGUGACAUCAGAUGGUGUCGUUGACAUCAACAAUGUUACAGAGGCAACUCUUAUUAACCAUGAUGGCCAACUAAUUCUUACCGGAGAAGAUGGUCAUGAAUAUGCUGUGAAGCUUUGCUCUGUCAAUGAGAAACUGUGGCAGCAAGGAUCCACUUUAGAAAAAAGCUUGGUGUCAACAAGUAGUCAACGAGCCCAAAGUAGUGCCCAGUCAGCCCUUCGGUCUCAAGCACAAGACUCUGAUAUCUCUCAUUCAGCAUAUCCUGUUUCGGUGUCUAGCAUGAUUUCAGUUCCAGUUUCUGCCUCCAUGUACCAGACUAUGGUUCAAAAUGACUGCACAAUGCAGGUGGUGACCGUGCCGAAAGUGGAAGCUGGAUCGUCUAGUGGUGAAGUAGAAACCAUUAGUAUACCCAGUAGCAUGGUUGGAACUCCAAUAAUGAUGUCAGGAAAUGAACCUCAAGUUCUUCAAGUAUUCUCUCUCAAAGAUGGAACUGUUCUCAAAACCAUCACAUCUGUGGCUGACAUCAAGUCUGAGGAUUCAGGUGAAGUCCUUGGACCAUCGUAAUUAUUAGGUUCUGUGAUAAUACACAUCUCAGUCAAAAAUAAUGCAAUACUUCAGCAUCAUAUUAUCAUGCUUGGACAUUUUUUGAAACCUAUAUAAUUAAGGUUAUGUGUUAGGAUGGUACAAUAUUAUUUUUGUCUAUGAUGAUGUUGCACUUCUUAUUAUACCCUACUUGAUCUUACCUUUUCUUGUGUCAUUAGAGAAAACUACUAUUUCAUACAUUUUUUCUUAAAGUAUAUAUAUUACUGACGUUUGAUAUGAAUGAACUUUUGUCAAUGCAUGGGAGGAAUUAAUACUUAAGAAGUAAAAUCUGUAUUUUAUUGAUCACUACUAGGAGUGCGUAUUUGUAUUUCAGUAUGCUACUUUAUAUUAUCUGUUGUAAAGUGUCGUGAGGAUCUAAAUUGGACUCUACUGUACCUUAAGUUAUGUUUUGUUUUCAUUUUUCACAACUUCUGUGAAAUUGUUUUAUUGUCUGAUAGUUUAUGCUUUGACUCAGGAUGCAUAGAGGGAAGACCUCUCUGAAAACAGAUGGAAUUUUUUUAUCUAACCUGUGUCAUGUUUUGUUUCUCCUAAACUGACUUCAGUGAUCAUGUUCCUAAGGAUCAGAAAUUAGGAGAGAGUAGACCAGUUUGUGGAUGUGUUGUGGAGCCCUGUUAAAAUGACUAUCCACAAGGACAGUAGAAACAUCACUUUAUCCUGGGGGUUUGUUGUAUCAGGAUUUUACUUGACUAACAAAUGGUCCUGGUGAGUUGUAUGACUAAUGCUGUUUGGAUGAUUGCAGCUUAUUUUUACAGUUGUUGCGUGAUUAGUAUAGCAAAAAUGUAUGAGUUUGGAAUUCAGCUUGUGUGUCAUUUGAUAAGGAAAAUUUUAAAUGUAACACAGGACUUUUCUUCCUCUGACCUUUUGUUGUCAUAUCUUAAUAGAUAGUUGAAAAUAAUUUUGAUUUACCAAUGCACAAAUGAUUGUCAUUUUGCACAUGUCAGGUGAGUUUAGUUGACCAAAGAUUGUCAGUGUCCUCAACAGAGUCUUGAAAAACAGGUUUUCAGUUUGUGUUCUCAGGGUUACUCUCUGUCAGUCCUUUUUUUCUUUUCCACAUAUCACGGUUUAAACUACUAUUUAUUGACAAUUGUCAACCAUCGUCAACACUAAUGGCAGAGACCUAAUUUGUUGUAGCCAGUCCCUUAUUUUAACAGUUUAUUUCUAUGCAGUUUUCUGAGGAGUCUGUGAUUUUAGUGCCAUGCUUAGAAUGUACAAAGAGAUAGGGGUGAAGAAUGCUCUUGUCUAUUUUAUUUAUUUGUCAGACUGUCAACUCCCAUUGGUGGGAAUUCUUAUGUUGCAAUUAUGUUUGCAUAAUCAUCCUGGUUUUUCAGUUGCCUUAUCCUGUUGGCAAUGCUUCUGUAUUUCUAAACCAACCUCCCUCAGCAUUUAUAAUUUCUUCCAUUGUGUGCUACAAGACACUAUAUUUCUCUAAGCUUGAAUGAAUUCACCCACCUGGUUUUUGUCCUUGUGCUUUCUUUAGUUCUUAUGAAUACCUGUUACUCUUCAUCUACCCUCUCAAAAUCUCCAGUUACAGCAGUAUCAUGUCUACAAUUGCUGUGAAGUAACGCAUGGCUCCUAAAUCUGUCCCAGAUAAUAUUAAGACAAGUUACUUGUGCUUUUGUUUGAGUUGCAUGUUAAGGUAGUAAAUACUGUUCAAGAAGUGCUAUCAGAUUAUUGUGUACCAUUAAGUCAAUUGAUAAAUAUCAAUCUCAGUUUACCAUUCCAGUGUUAGUGUUAAGACCUGUGUUCCAUGAGUGAACUUAAGUCAUUAGUGUUAUUUAUUUGUUUUUCUUCAUAAAUUCUCCAAUUUUUGUUAUUAUUUGUGUAUUGGCUUUGCUUGCUUGGGAUGGCAGUAAUACUGUGAUAUUUGCAGGCAUACUUAUACCAAAUACUGUCAUAGUCAGGUCAGGCUGUAUCCUGUUGUGGUUGCGUGUUCCAGUAGUUUGUAAACAUGCAGAUUAUACUUCUCGUCCAAUUUAUGCCAGUCUCCUCAAGUUCACCGUACAUAAAAUAAAAGGAGGAAAGAAUGCAAGUUAAUUUGCUAUCCCUUUUCCUUGGCCCCUCUUCAAGGGUAAGCUACUAAACUUACCAUAAACCUCAACUGAAUAUCAGUUGAGUACCAAUGUGAGAGGUACAAGUUAAAUGAAUUGGAUGACACAAGUUUUUCUGAAACUGUAAGUUCUAUCCUGGAAAGAAUUCUUUUGAAAAUUUUGUUUGAGCAUGUCGUAAGUAGAAAUUGAUGAUCAAUUUCUUGUUUUAAAUACUUUUGGUAUUUUUACAAUGGAAAAUAGUUUCAUGUUUGCAAUGUGUCAUGUAUGUUAAGCUAAGUUUGAUGUGAUUCCAUGUAUUAAACAAAAUGAAGUCCCUUUGGACAAGUUUA